AUCAACAUUUCUUAAUGCUACCCCCUCAACAUAUCUCUCUCCUCUCCGAAAAAUUAGCUCUGUAAUUUCAUUUUCAUUUUCAAAACCUUGCGACAUGUUCUUCAUUAGACCAUAAAAACUUCAAUCUCUAAUAAAUUAUAUUAUUACUCUAUAACAGAUUUUUAAUACUGAAUAUUUUAAUGGAGAGUACGGAUUCAUCAGCAGGGUCUCAGCAGCAGCCGCAGCUCCCACCGGGGUUUCGCUUUCACCCUACCGAUGAAGAGCUCGUAGUUCACUACCUCAAGAAGAAAGCUGCCUCUGUGCCGCUCCCUGUGUCGAUCAUCGCGGAAGUCGAUCUUUAUAAAUUCGAUCCAUGGGAAUUGCCAGCCAAGGCUUCAUUCGGAGAACAAGAAUGGUACUUUUUCAGCCCAAGAGACAGGAAGUACCCUAAUGGCGCGCGGCCGAACCGCGCGGCCACUUCAGGGUAUUGGAAGGCCACGGGAACUGAUAAGCCGGUGCUGACCACCACCAGCUCCGGAGGAACUCAGAAGGUAGGUGUCAAGAAGGCUCUCGUGUUCUACGGCGGAAAGCCACCAAAAGGGAUUAAAACUAAUUGGAUCAUGCAUGAAUACCGUCUUGCUGAUAACAGUAAGUCGACGAAUAUGAAGCCUCCGGGUUGCGACAUGGGAAAUAAUAAAAAAGGAUCUUUGAGGCUUGAUGAUUGGGUGUUAUGUCGAAUCUACAAGAAGAAUAAUAGCCAGAGGCCAUUAAUGGAACAUGAAAGCUGUGAGUCGAUGAACGAGAUGGUAUUCGCAUCAAUACCAGGAGCAUCCUGCUUACAAAUUGGGCAACAGCAUCCAAAGCUCAUGGCUGGCCUAAAGGCCUCAACAACUACUUCUUACAGUGCAAUGCUCGAAAAUGAACAAAGCAUGUUGCACAAUAUGAUCAACAACAGCGACGCCUCCAUCUCUUCUAAGUCCCACCUCUCUCUGCCUUCUCCUAAUAAUCAAGUCAUGUCCAUCAAACGCUCCAUGUUCUGGGAUGAAGACGGGUCAGGCCCGUCUUCGACACACAAGAGGUUCCUGACCGACCACCAGGAAAAUCAGGAAGACGGAAGGACUGUGCAGGAUGAUAGUGGCUCAAUGGCCAGCUUUUUAGGUCAGUUUCCGCAGACUCCACAGGCGCUGCAACAGGCGGCCAUGCUGGGAAACGUUGGCGAUGGGGUGUUUCGACAACAGCCUAAUUACAAUCAGUUGCCAGGCAGCAUGAAUUGGUACUCCUGAAUCCAUCACUUAAUUUUAUAAGACUUAAGUGGCUUAUAAGCGAAAACAGGAGUACACAAUUUUCAUGCAUGCCAGUCCUCUUAUGUUCUAUGAAUAUAUAAAUCAAACGCAUAUAAACAAGUUUGUGUAGAGAUGCCAUAUGUAUACAAUAUUUUCUGGGUUGUCACUGAACUUUUACUAUUAGAUUGAGUUAAGCAUGCAGAGCCUUGGUUGAGGAUUAUGUGUACUAUAUGAGGAUUGAUCCAUCCAUAUACAUUCAUGUAGAAUAUUAUAUUAUACAACAGAUAUAAAU